AGAGCCAGGACGCAGACUACCGCUACAAAGGUGACGAUGGGUCUGUUUCUACAUGCGAAAGAGCUGAAUACAGAUGGUUUUGGGGUGCUGUGCGGAAGGCACAUGAAAGGGAAAGGUGAGAGCUCCGGGCGGAGGAUAGGGAACGAGUGCCAGGCCUGCACUCAGCGGGCUGCCCGGAAGUGCGAGGAGAGAAGAGAAAAGGGGGUGCUGCUCUCUUGGGGCUGCACGACCAAGACUGCAACAGAGGACCACGUCCGGCCAGGACCGCGGCAUGUCAGCCCCACAGGUUCCGCGGAAGGCGGGGCUGCGCGCACCGGAAGGGGCGGUGCUUCGGAAAAGAGCCCUGUGCGCGGCUCUCUCGAGAACAGUGGAGAGCGGAAGCGCAGUCUGUACAGGAUGCGGUUCCUGGUUGCGUUACUCCUGCUGAGUGUCGCAGCGGCGGCCUCGCCGACCGCACCGCCGUCAAACCAAAAUCAGAACCCCAACACCAGGGAAGAAACUGCUACAUCUCAGCCUUCUACAGACAACGGCGGCGACCACAGCCCUUCCCCCGGCACCCAGCUGUCUAAUCGGGAAGAUCCACGCUCUCCGUCGGAGUCCAGGCAACCAUCCGAGAGAGACCAGGGCAGGUCGGAGACUCAGCAGCAGUCCCCCAGACAAGACUCAGAGAAGUCGGAAACCCAGCAGACCCCGAAACCAGAACCCAGCAGUUCGGAAGCUCAACAGCAGACCCCAAAGAAACCAGACCCCGACGGGUCGGAGACGCAGCAGCAACUGAAUCCGGACCCUAACAGAUCGGAUAUGCAGCACUCCCGGAAACCAGACCCUGACAAGCCGAAAGCUCAACAGCAGCCCCCAGAGAAACCAGACCCUGACAAAUCGGAGGUGCAACAGCAGCCCCCGGUACACGUCCCCAGUAGGUCAGAAGUGCAGACACAGACUCCAAAACAAGAUCCUGGCAAGUUGGACUCAGUGCAGCAGUCCACACAAGAACACUCCAAGCCCUUAUCUAACCCCUCUGGUAACAAGGGGACCUCUGAGAUUGACAAAACCCGACUACCUGAAAAGGGAGAGACCUCACUUCAUGCUUCCAAGACUGAACUGACAAUCGACUCUGACCUCUCUGCACCUGGGCAGGAGGGAGAAGACAAAUCUUCAGAAACUACUCAGGAUGUGGAGCCCAAGGAGGCCGAAGAAGGUGAUACAGGGCCAGAGGAGGGAUCGCCUCCUGAAGAAGAGAAAGAAAAGAUGUCAGGGCCUGUCUCCAGUGAGAACCGGGAAGGGACACUUUUGGAUUCCAUGAACAGUGAGAAGGAUGACCUGUAUAAGAACAAUCUUGGAAGUGCCAGUGCAGAGAGCAGUCACUUCUUUGCAUAUCUGGUGACUGCAGCCAUUCUUGUUGCUGUUCUGUAUGUUGCCUAUCACAACAAACGGAAGAUCAUUGCUUUUGCCCUGGAAGGAAAAAGAUCCAAAGUCACUCGACGACCAAAAGCGAGUGACUACCAGCGUUUGAACCUAAAGCUUUGAUUUAUAACUGCAAGAACCUUGUCCUCCCUGCUGAUUUGUUUCCAAAUCAAGAAAAAUGAAGAAAAAAGUAAUGUGACCUCCAGUGGGGUUUGACAGCAAGUCUUGCAGAGGUGGGGGCCAUUGCUUUGGGUUUUGCACCUGCACUUUGGUGGCAUUGUACUUCUGUGUUCCCUGUAUUUAUCCUGGUGUGUUCCAUCCAUCCUUUCCUUCUCCGAGGGAGCGUGUGGAAACAUGGCUAUGACCAAAGGGACACCCCAGGCCUGGGCAGGCUACACUGCUGUCUACCUUCCCUUGUGUUGGCUUCGUGGCUGUGCAGUAAGUUAGCCCUUAACCUUGGCAUUGCUCUGCGCUACUUACCUUUGCAGAUGUAGGAGAAAACUGCAAGUAGAGAUACCUAAGGGGUGUAGAAGAUGGUGAAGUACUAGAAGGCAGAGGUCUACUUAGAGCACAUAAUUCUCUACAGAGGCUUCAACAGCAACCCCAAACAGGUUAAAAGGUGCUUUAUUGCCUGCAAGUCUGACCCACUUAGCAUAAGUUCUCCAUGUUUUUCUGAUAGUGUAUUUUGUAUCACUUGGGACAAAGCAAAUCCACUUCUGUCUGGUAGUACUGAACACAAAACUGAGCCUGAGGUUUCUGUAAGGGAAGCCACUGUUCCCAUCAGAAUUUUUACAAAUGUGGUUGCACUUGUUGAAAUAGGAACUUUAAAAAGGGCAAGUUCAUGCUCUCUGAAAGAAAACAUGUAAGAGGGUUUUGGUCUGGAUUUUUUUCAAGGGCCUUUAUGAAACAAGUUUCCCAGAUACUCUAUUUUGCCUUUAUUGCCUAAAAUAGACAAAACAGAUUUAUAUAUAGAAACUAACUCCACUCUCUGUCCAUUUUACCUUAAUCUCCUUAAUGGUCUUUUCAUCUAAGAUGCCAAGGAUAAUUAGUAAAAAUUCUGCCAUCCCAUGUCAAGGGUCAUUAAAUUUUUUAAAAUCCAGUGGGCUCCCUGGGUUACCUUAGAGUAGUGUCUUGGGUCACACGUUGGUUUCAAGUUUUAUUUUAGUCUGUUCUAGUCGAGCUGCCCUAGGACUGAGAGGCUGGAGGGUCAGUAGCUAAUCUCAGGGAUGUGCCAGGAAUGUCGGAGGGGAGGAAAUACAUGAGUUUGGUGCUGUGGAAGAAGUCUAUCUGAAGAAGAGACCAUCCUGAUUGCUUCAGUUUCCCACCUGGCUGACAGCAGCCCAUGGCUCAGAGUUGAAGUUUUCACUGUUGGCCGGUAGCACAAGAUGGAGCAGAGGAGUGGGUGCAUAGUCUCCUUGGCAUCAUUCCCUCUACUUGUGCAGUCUUUUUUCUUUUUUUUGAUACCGGGGAUCGAACUUGGGUCCUUGGGCUUGCGCAGCAGGCAGUGAAACCACUGAGCUAAAUCCCCGGCCCCUGUGCAGUCUUAACGUUAUUUUCUUCCAACCAGAGGAAUUCUCUCAGGCUUCUCCAGCAUUCGCUCAGACACUAGUUAUUUUAUUCCCCUCUCUGCCUUCCCAAACUGUCUUCCCUCCUCUAGUGUUUUCUGUUUGUGCCCAUCUUCAGUGGCACCUUCCCUCUGGCCCUUAUGCAUGCCCAGAUUUCCCCAGCUCCCACCCAUGCUAUUUGUCAUUCUGCUAUUCUGCUGCUCCAGAAGUGUUGCUUUGCCAUUAGUUCUCUUCGUGGCUUUUGCAUACAUUAUUCACUUUGGUCCCUGUCUUUCUUUUGUUUCCAAGGGUUAGGCACUUAUCAGAUCACCAAAUCCAAUGGCUCAUUCUCACAGUGUGGUCUUGUACUUCAUAGAAUUGGACACUGCUGACCAUGCACAUGGACACUCCCUUUCUUGGUGUCUUUGACACCGUCUGGUGCCUUUGCCUAUGCUGGAGGGGAAGAAGUUCUCUGAACCAGGCCUCCAGUCCUUUCACUCUCUUCAAAAAUGCAUCUAUUCUUCAUCUUCUUAAGUGAUGACUCCUAUUUUUAUCCUUGGCCUACUUCCCAAAGAACCCAGGCAUAUGAUUUGCUAAAUAGUUCAGCUGUUGUCUCUAAAAAUUGAAUUUCACGGGCUGGGAAUUUAGCUCGGUGGUCUCAUCGCCUGCUGCGCAAGUGCAAGGACCUGAGUUCGAUCCCUGGUACCAAAAAAAAAAAAAUUGAAUUUCACUCUUCUUAUCUAUUGUACUCCUCUCAGCUGCCCAAUAUUUCCAGCUACAAUCUGUCUUUCCAUUUUCCUUGCUUCCCCUAUCCCACACCUCCAGCCAUUUCACUUUUCUGUGAAUAGUUUUUUCAGGAAUCACUUUAAUUGGUUCUCCUGUCCACCAUCUCAGAAAGAUAAUUUUGGAAACACUGAUGUUUCCAGAAAGAGACAGAAGCCUCUGUCUAGACCUUUCAUGGGUUAGAAUCAAGUUACGGACUGUAGUAUUCAGGACUCUGCAUAGUGACAUCUUCCUGUCUUUUUCUGACAAAGCCAAAGCUCCCUCAUGUUGAGUGUCCAUCUUUGACUCUGUCCUGCAUUUCCCAGCUUCCUACGGUUGUUGUUUAGGUUUUCUCCCAUCUUUUGCUGUCCUCAAGUCCCCAUUUCUUCAGGACUCAGCCCAAGUUUUCUAUUCCUUCCUCACUGCCCCACACCAUGAGAUUGGCUCAUUUUGUUCUACUCCAAUAGCUCUUAAUAAUACCACUGACUUAUAUUGGAACUUCAGUAGAACAGGGCAGUCAGUAUCUGAUGUCAUGCUGGUCUCCCCAAGAAACCUAAGCUCUUGAGAGACAACCCUUGGCACUGUUACAGCAUAGUGACAUUCCUUAGGCACGUUGGGAGUUUUCUUCCCUCAUGUGACUUCAACGAGGGCAAACAGCUUUCUGGCUACUGGAUUCUGUGACCUUAUACAUGUUGGCUUUUGCUCUUAAAGAGAACAAGAAGAUAAGUUGGUUUCAAAAACCAAGGUUGGCCACAAGUAGACACAUGACUGUCGUGGAGUCCACUUGGCUCAACCCUUUGAGCCCCUGAGAAGUAUCACUGCUUGUGCUGAGAGUGCACUGGAGGAACUCUCUCACACCAAAGGAAACCUGUGGUGUGGAUGAGGGUGAGCUGGCUGAGGCACUUCCGGCCAGGGUUUGGCUGGGCAGCUGUGUGUAGGAAGCACACAGAGGCUCCCUGCAGAGACUGUGGGCUUCUUCUCCUGCCCCACCUUGGGUAGAAGGGCAAUUUUUGUUAGGGUGAAUCUGUCCAAGUCAUGGAUGUUAAUAGAGGACCUUGUUUUCUUGCUACAGAUUACUGAGUACAUUGCUUUCUUGGGGGGGGGGGGGUUGGUACCGGGGAUCGAACUUGGGUCCUUGCGCUUGCGAGGCAGGCAGCGGAACCACUGAGCUAAAUCCCCGGCCCGAAUCUGAGUACAUUGUUUAGAGUUCAUGUCUGGAUUCUGAGGGGGUGAAGGCCAGUGCAUCUAGAAAGCCUAAGACCACUCAGAAAAGACCUGACAACUAACUAUACUGACAUUCUUUUUCCGCAUUGAUGGCUUUUAAUGAAACAUUCAGUGAUAGAACUCUGUACCUCUAAAAUUCCCGAUGGUUAUAUUCAUUUUCUUCUCCAGUCUUUGUUUUUACAGGGUAACUUGGUACAUAAUGCUGGAUGUGAUGAAAGCUAGAGCACCUUACACAUGUUCUCAACCAUUUGAACAUGGAGGAAGGUGUACACCACCAAACCUGUGUACACCAAACCUGUGGUUCCACCAGGCUCUUUCCUGAAAACCCUUGCUAGGAAGGUUGAGUUUGGCAUUGCUUGCUUAAGGAUGCUGGAAAGAAAUUUUUUUUUUUUUUUUUUUGGUAUUGGGGAUCGAACUCGGGUCCCUGCAUUUGCAGGGCAGACGGCAGAACCACUGAGCUAAAUCCCCGGCCCUGGAAAGAAAUUUUUUGAGGUUUAAUGUUAACUGUACAUCCAGAGCCAGGAGAGACUUUCAGCUCAGCUAGAUCUAUAAGUUAGAUGUGAAUUUCCUAAAUACUCCAGUUUAGAAACUUGUCUGUAAAGGGUUUGUGUCUGAGCUGUAUAGUAUGGAAACUGCCAACAAAGCCAGCCUCCUUACACUCUGAUAGAUUUUCUUUUAACUCACGAGAGACCAUGUUAAGUGAACAUUUGAUUGUUGAAAUUGUUUCCCUUCUCUUUUGUUUGCCUGAUUAGUAGAUUGCCACUGUUUAGCAAUGUUUUAUAUUUUAAAUUUUUUGUAACUUAAUUAACUUUAUAUUUUUUAAAGCUUAUUGUGGUCUAAUGAUAAGUAUUUCUCAGUAUGUGAUGUUUUACUGAGCUUCUAUAAAUGCCAUGUCACUGUAGUUUUGUGUUAUUGAACAGAAACCAAAAUAAAUUUAAGAUAUCAAAGCAA